GCUAAGGCUACUAAGCCUUUGGAAGUUUAUACAAAAAAAAUGAGGCAGCAAAUGAAAAAAGGAAGAAAACACCUACAAAAAUUUGAACUAAAUAAUUUGGUUCAGAAUGACACAUAUAUUUUAGGAUAUCAAUAUGGAAGAUUAAAUAAACAUUAUUUAGCUAUUAAAUUGAUUUCUAUUGCUGGAACUUUUAGUAAAUACUCAGAGCUUAUAAAUAUUUCCAACACUUGUGUAAAUGCUCAUAAAGCUGCUAUUCAACAAAGCUCUG